AUGAAGUUCACCGCUGCCACCAUCGCUGCCGUCGUUGCCGUCCUCCCUGUGACCAACGCCUGGAUCUUCACCAGCUGCAGCCGACAGUGGGACGGUGAAUACAACAAGGGUUGCGCCAAGGCUGCCUGCAAGGCCGGCACCAAGAUCGACUGGGAGAACCAGUGGUUCUCCGACUGCACCCUUCGCCUCUACAGCGACGACUCCUGCACCAAGCAGAUCGGAAUUGCUUCCGAUGACUGGAAUGACCACAAGUUGAGCAAGAGCAUGGGUAGCUUCCGCGUUUCCGGCUGCCCUAAGGACUAA